AUUUACAUCAAAGCAAACAAUUUUGAUUUUGGUGAGCUCAAUCACAGUAUUACAUCCUCAAUCACUAAAUCAUCAUCCCAAACUAAAUUCAAACGGUGAAAUUCACCAUAACGACGUUUGUAUUGCUGUCCGAAACCUGUCAACGUUUACCAAACUUAUCAACUGCUAUCAAGCUUUCUACUCACGUUUGAAGCUUAUUUUAAAGCAGACGAACUCACGAACGAAAAAACAAACGUAAAAGCAAUUGUGAGACCGAAAAAUAUUGCAAAAAUGAUAAGCUCAGAACCAGAGCAAAACGUUCAAGCCGAUGAAUUGUCGGUUCGCCAAAUCGAAAGCGAAUCGAAUUCAACGGAGCACAUUGAAGAAAAUACCGAAUUAAAAAAGAAAACCAAGCGCAAGAAAUCCACAUCAAUCGAUGGCAUUGAAAACGAAGCAAUUGACAUUAACUAUGCAAUUGUUCAACAUGAAAAUAAACGGCAAAAAAUUGAAAUUCCACCAAAUCUCAAUGGCAAUAUUUCAAAUCCAACCAAAGACGAUGUGGACUUAGAACAAACACCACCGACCACCGCCAAACCAACAAAAGAUGCAAAAUGCAACCACACCGAAACCAAUAAAUUACGCUUGAAAUAUGAAAACAUUCAUACGAACACCGUUCAGAAGCUAAAUGCACAGGCCGAUCAACUACGCAUGGAAAUCAACACACUUCGAACGGCGCUGGCCAAUGAACAAAACGCCGUACGAAUUUUACGCGCUCAAAAUGAUGCCAAUUUUCGUAAGGAGAAAAUUCAAUCAUGGAAAAUGCGUGGCGAAAAACAAGCCGGCACCAAUUCGAAGCGAUAUCAACGAUGUGUCGAUCGAACGGGCGCAUCGACUCCGGUGCCAAUGUCUCAAAAUAGUCAGCUUUUGGAGCAAUCGACAAGAAUCGACCGACUUCUCAAAGAAAUUGAGACACUCAAAGAGACAAAUAAGAAUCUGGCAGAACAAGUCCAGAAAACAUCAAAAGCUGACCGCCGGAAAGUCUCUGAUAUGCGCCAGUUGAAAGAUGAGUACGAAUUGCGAUUAAGCCAAUCUGAGAAGGCGUCUAAAGUGGAGAUAAAUCGAUUGUUGGAGGAAAUUAAAAGUAAGAAACAAACCAUCACCAUUUUACAGAAGGCGUGCAAGCAACCACAACUUCGUAAACAUGAGAAAACCACGAUGUCAAAGAUGCGAAAAAAGGAAUCUGAAUCAUGCAAUUCAAUUACUAACGAGAGCAAUUUGAACAACACGAAGAUGACGACAACGACUAACAAUGAAAAUGCCACAAAUCAAACGAAACAAACGAUAGCUACACAUGAUAGCACCACACAAACGACAUGCAAAGAGGAUUUAUUCACAAUGCCGCAUGAAAUACGGGAACGAAUCAUGAACGUUCAAAACGAACUGCAAUUCUGCAAAUCAAAGGAUUUGUCUGGAUCAGACAACGAUUCCGCAUUGUCAUCAGCACCGCCAUCAUUAAGCCCACAGCCCGGUACACAGUCAAAUUCACCGGAUGUUUGGCAAACGCUGUUAAAGGAUUUCAAAGAGCAUGAAAACUUGCAAAAAGAAUACGAGCUGAUUAAAGAGGAGAAUCAGUUUUUGAACUGUGAAAUUUCGUUGGCCGAGGAGCAAAUACGCGAAUUGGAAAAAGUACUGCAAAUGACUCGCGAAAACAACAAACACGAUGAAUUGCAUGAAAGAAUACAUCAGCUGGAGUGUAAAGAAGCCAUUAUCCUGAAAGAAUCACAUGAAUUACGUGAACAAAAUGAACUACUGGAAUUUCGUAUCAUCGAACUCGAGGAAGGCGCUGAUAAGAAUUUCUUGAAUCUCAAUUAA